AUGUUUGAAAUUUAUUCUUCGGACACGGAAGAGCCACAGCUGAAUAUGUCGGCUUUCUAUGGUCGCAAACGAUACUGCUCUGGAAAAAAUUAUGCAAAUAUGAACGUCAUCAAUGAAAAUAAUGCUGUCAAUCCAACCGAACAGAGAAUUAAUUGGAGCUAUUUGAAAUUCUCUAUUGAAACUGCAAUAGAAAAGUUAAAUCCAGGCAAUAUACGAUUUACAAGAAAUAAAUUAUUGCAACUAAAUAUUGUACGUGCUAAGGGGCUAUUAUGUCAGGCUAUUAUAAACGCACAAUCGGCAUCACUCCACUGUACAAAUAUGUAUGCCACUUUGGUAUCCUUCAUUAAUCUCGAGUUUCCAAACGUGAUCGAACUGCUGUUGAUAAGGUGUAUUUGUACGUUCACGAAUGCACACAAAUUUAAAGAAGAGGACAAGUAUAUGCAGCCAAUACUCUUUAUAACCUUUAUGAUUAAUCAUAAAGUUGCUAAAGACGGGUUGGCUUUUGAUAUUAUUAAACUACUUAUAAAAUCACCGACCAUACACUCAAUGGAUAUGAUAAAAGUUAUUUUGAAAGUAUGUGGAAAGAAAUUGAAGUUGAACCUGCAGAACGAGCUAGACUUAAAAUACAUGUUUGAUACGCUGGAAAAUAUUUCGCAAGAUAAACAGAUUGAUAAAUCGGUACAAUGUUUGGCAAAAACUAUAUUGACAACAUAUCGAGAUAAUUUCAAAGACGACGAACAGCAGUUUGAUUUAGUAGAUCCUCGUAAACAGUACACUCACUUAUUGUCUUUAAAUUCUGAAUACGAUCCUCAAUAUGAACUAGAUUCUUUCAAGUAUGAUCUAGAUUAUAAAUCUAAUGAAAUUAUUCAUAGAACUAAUAUCAGGUCAGUACUAAAAUCGAAACGUAAAGUUUACAGUUUUGCAAAAUAUGAUUUUGAUGAAAUGGCUGACGAUGAAGAUGAAUUUGAAUCAGAAACAAACAUGUUUUCAUUAAGCAGUAAUAUAUCAAUAAAAAAAACCAUUAGCAUAAUGGUAAAUUUGAAACUAUCUUCACUUGACAUCGCUCUUGAGUUAAUGCAAAUUAAAUUAAAACCUGGUCAAGAAAUGCAACUGUGCCUUACAUAUUUGGAUUGUUGCUUCGAAAACAGUGUUGUAUACAAUAAAUUUUAUGGAUCUAUACUACAAAAUUUUUGUUGCAUGAAUGAAUUGAUAGUUGAAUCAUUAGAAAUUAUUUUUAUGCAGAGCUACCCAAUUAUUCAUAAUUACAACCCAAAUAAAUUAGUAAAUCUUGCUAAAUUCUUUGCUCAACUUUUAUACUCCGAUUCGAUUUCAUGGAAAGUAUUUUCAUCAGUACGACUGAUUGAAAGUGAAACAUCUUAUUCUGGAAGAGCAUAUUUAAAGACCAUAUUCAAAGAAUUAAUUAUACAUAUGGGACAUGAUAAUUUGACGAAACGUAUUUUGGAUCCUUCUCUACAAACAUCGGUUAUUGGAUUAUUUCCGUUUUUUAAUAACCACCAUAGUUCUCGACUUUGCGAUUAUUUUUUCGCGGAUAUUGGUUUGCAUGACUUAACUAAUCAAUUCAUAGAAUCUUUUCGAGGCACACCCGUUUAAUUCAUCUUUACGAC